AUGGCCCAAACUUACCUUCCAACGCGGCUUCAAGUAGGUGAGAAAAUAGUAAAUAUCCAACAGCAACUUGGUAACGGCGCUUUUGGUGUCGUCUACAAAGUGAUAGAAGAAAGAACGUCCAAAGUGUACGCUAUGAAAGAUAUCCUUUGUUUGAAUGGUUCAGCCAUUCGUAACGCCAUCCGUGUAGCUUCAACACUAAACAGAAUCUCUCAUGAAAAUGUUAUUGCGAUCGUGAGUGUAGGCCAGUUUGGCGAUGGUGGAGGUCUGCAUAUGUUGCUUUUGACUGAGUAUUGCCCCGGCGGAAGCUUAAAUGAUCGCCUUGCUCGACCAAGCAGCGACCCACAAAAUCUGACAUGGAUGACCCAAACCGCAGAAGCUGUUGCCCACCUUCACUCGUGCAACAUAGUUCACCGCGAUCUGAAGGCAGAUAAUGUGCUCUUGACUGCAUCAGAAGAUGUAAAAUUGGGCGACUUUGGCCUUGCCCGUGAGUAUAUCGCAAUAAAACGAGCUGGCGUGGUACAGGAUGAUGGCUCGUGGCUGGCUAUUUACGAGCAAUACUACAUGCAAUCGAGAAUAGGUCCAAUCCACUGGGUAGCUCCAGAAUUUCUCCGCGGCCAUUAUACUGAAAAGGCCGACAUUUUCUCUCUCGGAACACUCCUCUUUGCAAUACUCGAGCGGGAUUACAUCGUGAUCGACGGGAAAGCCAUUUACGGGGCCUUCGUAAGUGUUCAUGAUAAAAGGAAGAUUGGCGUCGGCCUUGCGAUGGAGAGGGUUGAUAGGAAUACACGAAUUCAAUUUUCAAGUCACGCUUAAGGAUCAAACGCUCUACAAAGGAUCGUUUUAGAAGUGCUAAAGUACAACCCGUAUGAUCGACCGACCGCUCAGGAGAUUUGCAACCGUCUGAGGGUUAUUUAAUUAAGAAAGUGUAGAACCUGGCGAGUCUUCGACUGAGGCUGGCUCGAGCUGCUAAGCGUGUAAGUCUACCGAACAGGUGAACUAGCACUUACCUACCUGGGUACACGACCAGACAAGAAACUUAGAAGAGAACUUAAAAAUUAUACAUUUAACACUUGUCGUUUAAUGUAAAGCGUUGUCACAUGAUUGUUGGGUACAGGACUAAGUUACAAAAAUUAAGGUAAGAGGCAUGCAUAUAAGAAUUUCUGGAAUAUAUCUUGGUUGUGAGUUUCUAUAGGACAUAUAGGCGUCUUGUCAACACCGCUACAUUACAGUCCUUGUUGGCCCUUUUCUUUUUAUUAGCGUCUACUACAAUCUCUCGAAUUAGGCGACGAACAACACUUUAAGAAUCUUUAUGGUGAUGUCGGAAACAAAGAGCGCUUUAGUGAUAAAAAUUUCUCACCGAUAUUGCCUAUUAACAGUCUGAAAUUCAGAUCCUUUAAAUAUUUGUUUCUUCGGGCAACUUGACUGUUUUUUUCGGGCGACAUUUUUAAAAUUUCGGGCAACUUGACUCGGGUUUCAGGCAACAUGACUUCGGGCGAGAUGACUCUCGGGCGACUUGACUGUAAACCCAAAAAGGAGAUCAGUUGAACUUCAAAUCAUGAAAGAAUUCUUACUGACUAGAUUCCUAUUUUCUUAAAUUUUGCUCUCAUAAAGACAAUACAACUACUGAUGAUGAAGAUAUUUGCCCUUCCGACUGGCCGAAGGUCUAUGAAUUUUAUAUAAAUUGCCACAAAUGCACCACUACGUAGUCAAGGGUUUACGGUCAAGUCGCCCGAAAGUCAUCUCGCCCGAAAUUUUAUCGAGUGUUGUUUAAACUUGAAGAAAAGUAACAUCUUAAGUAAAUCACAAGGAAUAACCUCGUAAAAUGUUGACUCGUGAAACUCAGGUUGUUCGUUUCGCUGUCGUUUGAAAUCACGGAGAUAGUAAUCCUAAAAUAGAAAACGAAAAUAAAAAAAAGUCAGUCACA